GUAGCAAUUUGGUACGAUGAAACUGUGACAUUACCCCCGGUUGCGUUACUCUGACUCAUAACAAACUCGAAGAAAUACUGCAUGCAAGCGAACUUAGGAUUGGGAACCAGAACUGAGAUAAGUUGCAUUUUCAAGGUGAAGUCAGAGGUGUUCGGAUUUAUUCUUCAUCAGAUAACACUGCUCUGGUCCAAUUUACAGGACCUGCCUUGCUUCAUUUACACACAACUGGUGCUACUAGGGCAGCCUGACUGAUAAUAGGCCGCUGGACAGAACAUCCUCUUGCUUUCUGGCGUGUGGAGGAAAACGGGAAGUGUUGGUUCGCAGACUGCAUCCCCUUCUGUGACUGCAUAAAUUUAGGACAUCAUUUGGAUGUUUACACACACACUGACGGGCAGGAAAUUUUAUGCUGAAUGGUGUAGUUGCCCUUGAAACAGAACAGGUAAUUUGAUCAAUUUGAUGUCGUGAACCAAAGCAAAGAUAGGGAAUCAAAUCAGUAACGACGCGAGCAAAAGUUUCGAAAAUAUGAGUGGAAAUGCUAAGAAAUCAUCCACUCACCCCCGAACGAUUUUUCGGAAUCAAAAGGAAGGUUUCAUGGAAAAGAAAACAGGCCUUCUUAGUAUGUGGAAAAGUAGAUAUUUUGUUUUGAUGCAUGAUGUGUUGUGUUAUUUUAAAAAGGAAGAGGAAAAAGAGUCCAUGACACCGACUGGACGAAUUUUUUUCAAUGAUAUUGUGUCUAUUGAGAAAAUUGGGAAAAAAGGAAGGCCAUACUGCAUUUUCAUAACUGAAGAGGAAAAGAGACAUCUGAUGAGCUGUUCCUCAGAGGAAGAAAGAGUAAACUGGAUCGAAUCUAUCAAGCAUGGUCAAGAACAACACAAUAAACAGGAGAAAUUUGACCCUGUUCGUCGCAAAAGUGCGAAAAUUGGAAAAGAUUUCAAAAGGGUGACUAUACAAAAAGAUGUUGGUGGGGGCAUUGGUUGUACAAUAAAAACUGUUGGCGGUGCAAUAUUUGUGAACAGAAUCAUUCCUGAUGGCCCGGUGGCUGUCUCAGGAGUUUUGAGACCAGGUGAUCAAAUUGUGGACAUAAAUGGAAUAAAAAUAACUGGCUGUCCUGUUGAAAGGAUAAAAGAUGUGAUAAAGGAAAGCCCAGAAUACGUUGUUUGCACAGUGAAGCCGGUAACACAUUAUUCUAACAAGGAGGAAAAUAGCCCAAAUUUGACUAGGACUGCUUAUGCCGAGCUAGACACAGAUUAUCUGCAGAAAAAGACAGAAGGUAACCACCAGGACAGUGAAGAUGAGAAACAUGACGGUACUAACAGGCCCCUUAAUUAUGCUGUCAUCAAUUUUCCUAGCUCUCCAGAACCCAUGGAAGAAGGAGCAGAGAAAAGAGAUACUUCUCCCAACUAUGUAAACAUGAGUGGUGAGAAACCUGGGCUACAGAAUUAUGCUGAACUUGAUUUCUCAAGAAGAUAAGCCUGCUUAAAAAAUAGUUUUCAUAUGGUUUCCUAUAUGCCUCUUUUUAUACAAAGUUAAUCAAAUGGGAUGCAGAUAUUUCUGAAAGGCUCUAGGUAUAUAAAUCCAAUAUUUUUAAGGCAAUAUUUUUGUAGGAAAACCUCUUUUUUCAUGCAAAGAUCUUCUUUUACCAAUAUUUGUAAUUUCAACUGGAUAAUAAUUGUAAUAAAAGUUUCCUGACAUCCAAUAUUUGUGAGGCAAUAUUUUUGUAGGAAAACCUCUUUUUUCAUGCAAAGAUCUUCUUUUACCAAUAUUUGUAAUUUCAGCUGGAUAAUAAUUGUAAUAAAAGUUUCCUGACAUCCAAUAUUUGUGAGGCAAUAUUUUUGUAGGAAAACCUCUUUACAAAUUCAAAGAUAGUCUUUAACCAAAGUUUGUAGUUCAGCUGUAUAAUCAUUCUAAUAAAAGUUUUCUGACAUCAUUAUCAGAUAAGAUUAUCAGAUUUUAAAUCAUUAGGAUUUUCAAAAUAAAAUGCUGAUGCAAUGAUACAACUUAAAUGACAAAUAAAGUGAUUUAGUGUGUCUUGUCAAGUUUUUAGUGAAUUUUAUUCAAGUAAUUUUAUUAUUCAGAAAUUAAUGACCUUAAGUUUGCGAUACUCAUGUAGGAAUCAUAAAUGUGAUAAUAAGGUAUAUAACUGUAGAAAGGACUCUUGAUUAAAAAGCUGUAAAAUCUAAGCAAGGGGUAUGUAUUAAAAACUCAGUCAAUUUGAAAAACUAGGACCCUGGCCAACAAGUCACCUAUAUAUGCAAAACAUGACCCAACAUUUCUUGAUAAAAUUUGUUUGGCAUUUUGGCCAUUUCUUUAUUUCGGCCAGGUUUUCAAACUUCUUCUAAGAAUGCUAUGCUCUGCUAUGUCAAUUCAAUGUGCCAAACCAACACAUUUAUAGGAUGAAGGUUAUUGGACAACAUGAAGGAAAGGUCCUAAAUGAAGCACUUUUGUAGUACAUCAGAUACAGCAAUUGUAAAAGAAAAUGAUAAAAACAUGACAAUAAAAGCUUAAAAAAGGUGAGCUCCAAAAUCUGAUUUUGCCAGAACGUAACUAAAAAUUUCACAAGAGCAUCUGUUCUGUCUCUUAUUUAAUAUUUACUAAUAGUGAGUAUUCUACAGCAAAGUUAUCAUCCACAAUUACUUUUCAAUAAUGCCCAUGGAUGCUUCAUAGCAAGCAGAUUAGAUUAGUAUGUUAUUAAAUUUGUUAUUUUAUAAUGAGCAUUAGAUUUUACCCCUGAUGGUAUUUAUGCAGUUUAAUGUGUAAUUUGACAGAAAGGGUGUAGUCUGAAAAACGUGUGAAUAAUAUGCAAACGAUUAUUUCUUAGUCUUGUUUAUAGCUUUGGCUCUAAUUUUGUUAUCACUGGCCUACCACAAGAAGACACAUUCCUGCCCAAAGGAAAACUAGUGAGAUUUAGAUGAAAAAAAAUUAUUUGGAUUGCAUAGAAAAUAUAAAAGGUUUUUCAAUGAAUACCAAGGCAUAGUGAAGAAAAGAAGCAGAAUCAACUGAGAAAAGUAUGGUAAAUUGUCCUGUAAAGAACCUGAAAAGUACAUAUUUGCAUAACAAGCAGCUGUAGGUCAGUUGGUAAAGCCUCCACUUUAGAGCUGAGCAGGAUGGAAUUCCGCUUCUCUUCUUUCUGAGCUAGCUGAAGUGUCAGAAUGAGCAUCAAAUUUUCAACUGCUCCAUUAAAAAGACUUUUAUGUGAAUCACACAAGCCAGCUACAGCUGGAAAAAUUGACUUGAAAUUGAAAGUGAAUCUCAAAGUUUUUAACAAGGAAUCAACCUUGUAAAUAUAUCAACUUUUUGUAUUACAGAAAACUGUGAUAACAAGCCUGGUGAUAAACGUCCUUGUUAAAAUAUUUCCUAACUGAGUAGCCCCCCUUUAAAAAAACAAAUGGUCUGGGCAUUUUUCCAUUCUAUUAAAUGGUCACUUUGGCAUGACAAAAUAGGAAGCUAUAUUUUAGAUUUAUAGAAAAUUUACCUAUAUUUGACUUGGUUUCCUAUUUGACUCUAAGCACUACCAACAUGAUUACACAUUUUACCCACCCCCUACCAGUUGGAGCAAAAUUUGCUGUCUCCUACCAUAUUUACUGCUAUCCCACCUCAAAAAAUAAAGCUGGGCUUUUUACAUAGGGGUGUAGUACCAGAUUGGGGAUUUUCAUAGGCUCAUUGUGCCACUGUUGCAAAGGAUUGGCUUUACUCAGACCAGACUGUCGUAAAAAUGUAACAUGUGGUUGCUUGGUUAACAUGAGGUGGAAUUUAUUUCUAUUAAAGAGGAACACUAUUUUGGUUAAGCCAGUCACAUAUUGCAUCAUAUCAUAUGUGAAGUCAGCCAGAAAGAUUGUGUGAAACUGAUAUAAUUAAAGAGCUAAAUAUAAAUGCAAAUAUAAAUGAUCUUUCAACACAGACUGUUUGUUAUCUAGGACCUUUAGAGCUACAUAUUUGCUAUAUUAGCAUUUUAACGGUACAACUACAAAGUAGAUUAAAAUAUACUAAGAUCAGAUCAAAUGAAUGUUACUCGUAAUCUUGGGUUGAUGUUGUUUUAUCUAAGGGGUAGUGUAGGCAUAGUUUUAGGGGCUGGAGUUACCUUACUGAAUAAGUGAAAUCCAUCGUAUUUCAGGUUAUAAUCGGCACCCACUAGAUCCAUGAGUGUAGAUAAGAAGGUACACACCAUUUGAGUCAUGAGUCAUGAGUUGGUCCGUUGAAUCUUUACUUGCUUGGCAAAACUUGGGUGAUCGGUAGAUUCGCGUGACGGUAGGCGAAAUCGGAACAAUAUUUUGCAAUCUGUUUCUUCAUCUUCAAAUUUUGCUUCCGUGAGCAAGCUACGGAGGUUUAGUGCAGUUGCCCUCUAAAUGACCAACUAUCACAUUUUUCAGUCUAGAUAUUUGGGCUCCAUUUGGGGAGGAAGAAAUGCGAAUUGCCUUUAAUAUAAUCUCUACCUAAAAGUGUGUUUUGAAAACUUUAAUUCUUAGUUGCAAUUACAAGUCCUUCUUACCGCGGAAAAUCAAAUAUAAAGCUAAGGGUCCAUUUAUCAGAACUCCCGUAAUACCAAAAAUUAUGAACCCGAAGUAGGUGAAUAGGUAGCCUCCAAUAGUAGGCGAAAUUGAACGAAUCAGUGAGUGUGUUGCCAUUGAUAAACCUGAAAUUUAAAGUAACACGCUUAACAUCAUUUAAAAACUUUUGG